AUGUUCAAUUUGACUGAGCCCUACAAGGUGUAUUAUACCGACGAUGAUAUGGAUGAAGUGACCGUUACUUCGAACCAAGAUUUAGCGGAAGCUCUCAGCAUGUUCCAAAGUCAGCAGAUAUCGUCCAAUAAGGGUGUAACAUGCCGCUUUACUAUCAAGAAAACCGGAAACAAAGGUGAACAGAAGCCCUCUGCUGAAAAAGAAAACGCUGGAGAUACGGCUGCCUCUAAUGCUUGGGCUGGUUUAGCUCAAAAUUUCGUUGAUCAUCUGGAACGAGAAAUGUCCUUUAUUCAAGAUAGUGCCCAAUCCAGUGCAUCUGCCAUUGCUGCUGCUGCAUCUGCUGCUGCUAACACUGCAACUCAGAAUUGGCAGCGAGCUUUCAAUCCUUCGCCCAGACAACCAUUCACUGCUACGAACCAAUCAGUGCCUACUCAGCAGCCUGAGACAGCGCUUCACACCAAUGUCAUGUGUGAUCAUUGUUAUCGCGCAGUUCGAGGAACUCGUUGGAAAUGCCAAGACUGCCGAGACUAUGAUCUUUGCGAUGGUUGCAAGACUGCUGGACAGCACAAUCAUCCUUCUCAUCACCGGUUCAGUGCUAUGCAGUCCUCUUCUCCUUCUCUUUGUAACUCGCACCCUCACUCACAUCCUCAUCGACAUUCGCAACAAAAUCGAACUCGUGGAUUUCAUCGAAACCGUAUGCCUCACCCUAUGCCCAUUGCCAGUUGUGACUUCUGCGAUUCUGUCAUAAGUGGAACCCGCUAUAAGUGCAAGGACUGCCCUGAUUUCGACUUGUGCGAAAGAUGCAUUGCUUUGGCCGACACACAGCAUCCUGGGCACGCAUUCGAAAUAACCCGAGCUCACAGGACGAGAUGCACAGCUCCUCAUCCUCCAACCCCAGUGACUGAAAACAGCACGAACUACCACGCUGGUGUUCGUUGUGAUGGAUGUGACAAGUGGAUUUAUGGUAUCCGUUACAAGUGUGGCAAUUGUGAAGAUUUCGAUCUGUGCAGCAAGUGUGAAGCAACCGAAGAGCAUAACCCUCAUCAUGUGUUCUUGAAGGUGAAGACACCGUUGAAUAAGAUACUGUCCAAUAUUGUUCCGCUACUGCCAAGCCUGUAUCAAGAAAAGAAAGAAUUCCCUUCGUUUGCUCCCCCACAGAUGAAACAACGAGAAGGCGCUCAGAGUAUUACUACAGCUUCACUUCCAAGGUCACCUAAUGCCAGUUCCUCGCGUACCGUUGACCAGUCUUCGGUAAACGAACUUGACUGCAAACUUGAGAGACUGUCUGUUAGAAGCCUACCAUCUGUUGCCUCUUCCUCUGCUCCUAUUGUAGAGAAACCAUCGGAAGUGUCAGCCAGUGCAUCCGUAGCCUCUCUCUCUCAACCAGAUCUCUUUGCUCGCUUUGUUGACGACGUCAACAUACCCGAUGGAACCAUUGUUGCUGCCAAGUCUCGUUUUUUGAAGAUAUGGAAUAUGGUCAAUGAAGGAUCUCAAGAGUGGCCGCAAGGCACUCAGCUUGUUUUCUGCGGAGGCGAUUCUCUCGCUUCUAGCCCCUCCACUACGACAUUUGCCGUACCCGUUACCAAACCCGGAAAGAACGCUUAUGUUACUGCUGACUUGCAAGCACCGGCCAAGCCUGGUCGAUAUGUUAGCUACUUCCGAUUGAUAACACCCACGGGUACUCGUUUCGGUCAUAGGGUAUGGUGCGAUAUCCUUGUGGAAAAUGAGGAGCAGCAAGGCUCGUCCACCUCAUCCAGUGUGAUGAUUUAUCCCACCUUGACCAACCGCGACGCUGAUGACGAAGACAAGGCCACCAUUCGCACUGAAGAAGGAAGCAGCCACCACGCCAAUAGCAUUAUUGAUUCCUCUGUUGUCACACCCUCCGUUAGAUCUAUGUCGGACAGUGAGGACAAUGAAAGUGAGGACUCUUACUCUGGCUAUGAAGUGUAUGCUGACCCUGAAGCUCCUGGCACUCCAGACGAAGCCAAGGAUUACAUUGUGAUUGAGCAAGAGGAGGAAGAGACCGAGGCUUUCCAUCAUAUUCAAUCUGUCCCUCAUGAAAGCCCGAGCAAUCCCUUUUUGACUGAAAAGGAACAGCAAGAAGAAUUGACCUCCAGCUCCAAGAUUGAAGAAGCUCCACAAGACACAUUGAUUGUCUCCUCUCCCAUUGAUUCUGCCCUAGAGGCUGAGCUAAAGCAACUUCAUGAUAUGGGAUUCUACCACGACACUAUCAAUGUUGAGCUCCUGAAGGCUUUUAACCAUAAUAUGGAAGAAGUCGUAAUGGAGCUCUUGCGUUUGCAGCAGUAG